UACGUUCGUAUUUCGUAGUUCGUAAUUCGUAGCAGUUCACAAAUUGUAAUUAUAUGGGAACAACGGGAAGUGAAUGUCGCACGCAUUAUGUUCAAUUUACAUAUUUCUCUAAUUUUUGAUUUAUGUAAAAAAGAUAAUUUUAUUUAUAAUAUGGGAAUAAUUUGACAAAUUAUUUUAUUGUUGCAAAUAUCGCGAUUUUUCUAUUAAAUUUAACCUCAAAAUAUUGAAAAGUAAAUUGGCAGAAAUGAGAAGAUCCGUUCUGUGAGAAAAUAUAAUUUAUUGUAUACAGUUUGUAAGCGAGAAAUGCGAGAAAAUGUAUCCCGCGAAUCACAAAACGAUAUUCGUAUUGGAUCAUACACCGUACUUUGGCAUUUCCACCGAGUGUCCAUUGGAGUUUGACUUUUUGAAAAGUAGGGGACAAAAUUUAAUUCCGCUAGCACCGGUCUGCAAAUCCCUCUGGACCACCAGCGUCGAGGCCUCGUUGGAAUACUGUCGUAUUGUAUGGGACCUUUUUCCCACAGGCAAAUUGAUUAGGUUUGUAGUUACUGAUCGUGCUGCUUAUGUAUUGAAUUCAUGGAGUCCGUUGCAACAGAAUUUAAAUCACAUAAUGAAUGGCACUGCCAUUUUAGGAGUACCAGUGAAGACACCAGAUCCUGGAGAAGAUUAUUCAGUAAUACAUGGUCUGCGUGUGGCGAUUGAAACUUUAAAUGAAUGCUCCGAGAUACAGCACGAAAAAAGGACUUCUCUAAAUGAGAACACUACUAAGUUGGUAAACAGGGGUAGAGUAAUAUGUAUCACAAGCGCACGUGAUAAUAGCAAUAUGAAGAGUUUAGAGAAUAUAUUUCUAAAUGAGCUUGCACAGGAAAACAAGACUGCGCUAGCCUCGGAUCAUUUGAUACCUAUUGAUUAUUGUCACUUGGUUAUAUUGAACAUAUAUCCUAAUAACAUUGAAUCUCAAGUCACUAGUCAAGGCCCUCGAGAGAUAUCACCUUUACUAACAGUAGAAGUGCAUUCGAUCAAGGCCUCAGCACUUCAUUCCAAAUUAUCGCAUCUUAUUUUGUCUCAUUAUGAUUUAGCCAGCACCACAGUGACAGGUAUACCUAUGAAAGAGGAACAAAACGCCAGUUCUUCCGCCAAUUACGAUGUCGAGAUAUUUCACUCCUCCGCCGCACAUACUGCAAUUUUGAAAGCAAAUCCGCAAGAUUCGGCAUUGAUAAAAACGUUCAGACGUUUCGAAGAAGGAUCAGAAUAUGAGACGGUUACUUUAAAAUGGUGUACACCGCGUGGCUGUAGCGCAUCGGAGAUGCAGUAUUGCACGGCGAUGCAUCGCAUCACGCCGGUUGACGUCAAUAGUAGGCCGUCUUCAUGUUUGAUCAAUUUCUUACUAAACGGACGAUCGGUGAUGUUGGAGAUGGCCAGAAAGACUGGUGGAAAGACUAUCUCUCAUCUAUUGGCAGCACAUGGUGGAGAGAUUUUUAUUCAUACUCUAUCCACUGCUCGAAGUGUACUAGAGGAUCCUCCGUCAAUUAGCGAAGGCUGUGGUGGACGAGUUACAGAUUAUAGAAUAACUGAUUUUGGUUUUCUUAUGCGAAAUAACAUAUUAGUACCACUUAAACGUAUUUCCAAUUCUAAUGAUGAUGGGCCAGUAGAAAAAAUGAGAUUAAGAUUGGAACGUCAUACUAAAUAUUGGCCUAUGACUAUUUCCAGUACUCUCAUGUUUAAUCUAAAACAGGUGAUAGAUCCGCUCGCAGAAUUAAUGGUAAAGGAAGAGUUAACUACGGAUGAAGUAUUACAAUGCAAACAAGUAAUCUUCAGUGUACUCGGAUUGGAAGCGAAGCACGAGACGUUGCCAUUACCGAACAUUGGUGGAGGUCGCGGUGGGAAGGGAGGAGUACGCAGGGAAGAACAUUAUCGUUUGUUAUGGGACGAAAUGGAAACGUUUUUCAAGCACCACGCGAACAACUCAGCUACGCAUACCGAAGUGCUGAACUGUUUAUUGGAGAUCAGGAAUAAAGAUGACAAGGACAAGGUGGAGCUUGAUCAAGCUUUACGCGAAUUAGACAGUUUCGGUAAGGAAGAUGGAACUGCUCGAGUUAGCGUAAUUAGAGCGACGACAGACUCACCAAUGUCGCCGCCGGCGAGCGUGUCAAUGCCUCUGAACAAGCAAUUGCACAAGGUCAAUGCUGGAUCAAAGAGUCUCCUGGACAUUUGGCUACAACGCAGCGCGCCAAAGGAUAAAAAACCGGAUUUUCAUGGUAGAAUCAACAGCGAUGGUCUUAAAGCGAAGCUAUAUCCAAAUUUGAAAGACACGGGAAGAGAACCUAGAGAAACCAUCUUAGAAGGGUAGUGUGUGUGAAUGAGGAUUUUUAAAGAAGGUGGAAUACAUCCUGCAAAGACUCCAUAUAUGAACGUAAAUAUAACUGAUAUACUGAUAUGCAUUAAGUACAUAUUAGUUCAUCAAACGAUAUUAAUCGUGAUUGUAUAAAAUAUAUUUAAUAAAUUAGAGUUAUGAAGAAUA